AUGUAUUCAUUCAGAGCAAAUAAAUAACAUUCUUAAGAGUCAUUUUUGAUUAUGCUAGUGGAUGGAACAGGAUCCAUGAAUGCACACUACCCAACAUUUUUGAAAUGUUUUAAUGAUGUAUUCAAUACUGUCAGACAUAAAUUGGCUUUUUAAUUUGGAAGCCCACAAAAAGGAUCUGGCAGUGUUUUAUAUAAUAUCUAGAAUUUCUUAGAUCAUAGUGCAAGCAAUUUUAAUCAAGUUUUUAAACAAUUAUUUGAUAUUUUGCUUACAUAACAUAUUGAUAAGAAGUAUCUUACUAUUUGUUUUGUGUCAGAUGGAAUAGAAGCUUUUAUUUUUGAAGAAUUUCUACCAAUUGUUAAAUAAAUUACAUCAGUUUUUUAGAUCUAAUUUGCUAGUGUAGCUGUUGGAAAACAGUUUCCAACAUAAAUAAGUAAUUAAUUUAGGGAAUUAUUACAUAAUUAAGGAAAUCUAGAUUUUCCAUUUAUUUUUGGUAUUAUGGAUCUGGAUGAAAUAGCAGAAUGGGAUUAGGAUAAUCAUGGAAAUGUUAUAAUGAAAAAACAAUAUCAAGAUAAAAUGACUGAACAAUUUACAAGUGCAUUUUAAAGUUUAAAACAAUAAUUGGUUGUAUGUACAGGAUAAAUUGAAUUGAAUGAAAUAGUAUAUAAAUCAUUUUUAGAAGAGGAUCAAAAUCAAGCAACAAAGGUUGUUCAAAGAAAUUAGUUAUUUUUAUCUCCAAAUCCUUAAGUUGCAACAACUUAAGAUGAAAUAAUUUAAUGCUCUAAAGAUAUAGAAGAUUUUGAUUAAAUUUAAAAAGGAAGCAUUUAACAAUUACUAAUCCAUUUAUAAGCCAAUAAUAAUCUUGAAGAUGGAAAGUAGUAAUUUUAAAAACUAUAUGAUAUUUCAAUUAGAAGUUAACGACUAUUAAUUAAAAUAGUUGAAUAAGAUGAAGAAAACAAUAACUCUCUACAUUAACAACAAUAAAUUAGAGUUUACCCAAAAAUCAAUUUAAUGAAUAAUUUAAUUUACCAAUUAGCAAAAACAAACUACUUAGCUUCACUCUAAAAUAAACCGCAUGAAUAUGCAUAAUUUUAAGCCCAUUUCGAAUAAGAUGGAAAUUAAUGCAUGAAAAUGAUCUAAUAAGUUAAUAAAAAUAUAUAUAAACCUAUUGAAAUUAUUGAAGUCCCUCAAUAUUAAUAAUAACAAUAAAUAAAAUAAAGAAUAAAAAGAGCUAAUAAAAUUAAUUGUGAAAUUAAACUAAAUUCUAAAUUAAUCUUUUUGAUUGAUUAGGUUGGGAUAUCAGAAUCAGUAAAUGAAGAAAUAAUGAAUAAAAUAAAAGAUAUUUUUAAUAAUUAUAAAUAAGAAAACAUUAUGACUUUUUGGUGGGCAGAUAUUCUUAAGCAAAACUUUAAUAGAAAUAUUGAAUCUCAACAAAUGCCUUUAUCACAAGCGAUUUUAUAAAUACUAAGUAUCAUAGAAUAAGAAUAAUAAAGUGCUAAUAAUUUCACUAUUUGCUUGAUACUGUCAGGACAGCAUCAAGCAGACUUAUCAUUAUUUAGACAUAAGUUGUAGAUAAUAGAAGAGUAGAAUAAAUUCAUAGCUUUCACUACGAUUAUUAUUGAAAAUGAACGAUAAAAUAUUAUUAAUUCCUAAUUGAAGUUAUCAAAUGAAUUGAGAAAACAACUUCAUACAAAUGAAAAUCAUUCUCUCUAAGUAUCCAUAAGAAUUAAUAGACAAGAAUUACAUUAAUAUCUACCUACUUAUUUUAAAAUGAUUAAAGAAUUUUAAAACAAAUUUUAUAGAGUUGUGAGAAAUCGAACUGGUUGUUUCAUUAGAGCCUUUAGGAAAGAAAAAAAUGCAUAAUUUAUAUUGAAUAAAUUUACUUUAGAAUUAUAAGAGAGCAUGACACAACAUACUCUAGAAAAAGAUUUUAUAUAAGAUGUUAAAUAAAUAUAAAAAAAAUAUUAUUAGAUUCUAAAAAAAUAUAAGGAAAGAGAACAAUUAAGAGAAAGCUUUAGUUUAGCAAAAAUAAGUUAAAUUUUUGAAUUAAUUGAUAAAAUCAAUUUGAAGAAUUAUGACAAUCUUCUUAAUUUAUUACUUAAAUUAAUAAUAGAAAUUCAUGAUGAAAAUUAUAAAAAUGUUGAUCAGAAAUAACUUAAAAAAGCUAGAAGCAUCAUUUAUAAUAAAGAGAGUUCAAAUUUACCAUUUAUUGGGAAAACAGUAGUAGUAUUAAUUGGAAUUAAUUUAAUUAUAACUUGGGUUUAUAAAAGAAUAGUAUAGUGA